AUGUUUAAAUUUCGAAAACUAUUUUCAUUAGAACAUGAUGUUGUACCAAAGAUACCAAAUAAUCAAUUACCCCAAGCAGGUGCUGAAAAUGUUGUAUACAGAACUACAACUUUAAAAUCAACACCAUUGGAUUGUAAUAAUAAUAACAAUAAUAGUAAUAAUAAUAGUAUGAGUCAUAGUAUUGGAGGAUACUCUACAACACCUCCAAAUAGUAGUUUUCUUCAAUAUCAUCAAAGAAAUCAAAGUGGUACAUCAGGUAUAACAAUUAUGAAUCCAAUGAAAAUUAAUAAUAAUAAUAGUGGUUUUGAUCAAUACAAACUUGGUUCUUCAUUAAAUACAAAUAAUUUAUUUCAACAACAACAAUAUUUAGAUGAUGAUGAAAAACUAAAUUUUAAUAACAACAACAAUAAUAAUAAUAAUAACAAUAAUAACAUUAACAAUAUAAAUAAAGUAUAUCAACAAAUUAAUUAUACACAAUCAAUUAAUCUUAGAAUAAUUGGUAGAGAUAAAAAUGGAACAUUAAUUAUUGCAAGGUCUUCUAAAUUAGAUGGAGUUUUAAAUACAUAUAUAGAUUUAUUUGAUAUUUCAAAACAAACAUUUACAACAAUACUUGUUUAUUGUGGAAAUGUUAUUAGUGCAGCAUUAAGUAGUGAUAUCAAUAAAUCAUUUUUAGUUUUCACUGUAAAAUUACAAGAGAAAAUAAUUGAAAAUCAUAAUACUUUAGAAUUAUAUUCAUCAUUUAUUUAUGAAAUUAAUAAUAAGAAAGCUCAAACAUUUAUACCAUUAGAAACAAAAUCACAUCAUCCAUUAAUGUAUCAUUUUUUACCAGGAUUUCAUGAUAAAUCAAGUAUGUCACUAUUAUCAUUUGUAUAUGAUGAAUGUAAUAUAGUAAAGGUUCCAUUGAAAUUUGAUGAUAGCAACCAACAAAUUGUAAAUCAAAAUAAGAAACACAAUAAAUCCAAUAUCUACAAGAAAUGUUUUUGGUAUCAAUAUGAUUAUCAUAAUCAAGUUUUAUAUAGUUUACUAUUAAAAGUUCGUAGUGGUAGUGCAAGUAGUAGUAGUAGUAGCAGUAAUAACAAUAAUAAUAAUAAUAAUAAUGGUGGUAAUAGUAAUAAUAAUAAUAAUGGUGGUAAUAAUAAUAAUUAUAUCAAUAGUGAAUCAAUAUUGAAAGCAUGGACAUUUUUAGGAUCAAAACAAGUUAAAAUCAUUGAUGAUCUACCAUUACAUUUAAAUAUUAGCGAUGCAAGUAAAGUAUCCACCAAUAUACCAUUCCCAUUGAACGUUUCAAUGUAUCAAGAGACCUCAACCAAUCCAUCACAAACAUCAUCAAAUGCAGUAUUUCAAAAUAUUCAUAUUGUAAAAUUACCAAAUAUUGGUUUAUGUUUAUGUCAUCAAGAAGAAUCUUCACCCCAUUCACUCUCAAUUAGAAUCUCAAUCUAUUUAUUACAUUUGAAACAAAAGAUCAAAUACUCAAUACCAUUGAAUACAAUUGAUGAUGGUUGGUUAUCAUUGUCAAAGACAAGAGUGUUAUUUGAUAAUUUUGGUAGUUUAUUAAUUGUCUAUGUACCGGGUUACUUUUUUCAAUUCAUUGAUUGUGCGCAUGACCAUGAAACAACUUUUGGUAUAACAUUGUAUGGUAAAGAUUUAUCAAUGCCAUUGGUUGAACAAACCUCUCAAGACUCUUCUGAUGUACUCUCAAUUCGUAGUCCACCAUUACCUGAUAGGAUUAGUACUUCAGUUAUACCAUUUUAUUUUUUAAAUGGUAAUAUUAGUAGUAGUGGUGGUGGUGGUGGUGGUGGUGGUAAUGAAAAAGGUGGUAAUAGUGGUAGUGGUAUAAUUGGUAAUAGUGGUAGUAGUGGUAAUAAUAAUAAUAAUGGUAAUAACAAUGGAAAAGGUGGUGAAAAUGAUAAAUCCAAUCCUAAGAAUAAUAGAUAUUUAUUUGACUAUUCAAAUGGUGUACUCUAUCAUUAUCAAUUCGAUAGAGAAGCAAUUAGAAAGUUAUUUGAUGUUGGUAUGGAUCAAGGAUCAGAUGUUCAAGCAAUGCAUUUAGCAGUCAUUCAUUUAAAUGAUGUUGAAUUAGGUACAAGUUUAAUAACACAAGCUGCAAAGAAUAAUUUAAUUACAAUCGAUCUAUUUAAAGAGUACAUUUUAGCGUGUACCUAUCAUGCAUUGAAAUCAAUUCAACUAGAGAAUAAUAUUGGUAAUUCCAACUAUUUAGAUUCGGUCUAUAUGAAUUCUCUACCAAUAACUUGUGCAGAAUCAAUUGAAAACUAUCAACCAACUAGAAAAUUAAAGGAUUUAGAAAUUAGUACAAUUACAACUCAAAUUCCAAAUUCAUUACUCUCAAAAAAAGAAGAGAAUAGAAAGAGAUUGAAAUCAUUUGAUAUCUCUAAAUCAGAGAUAUUAAAUAAAGAUGGUCCUUCGUUUAGUGGAUUUUGGAGAAACUUUUUUGGAAUGGAUGAAGAUUUUGGACAUGAUCAUAGUAGCAAUUUAAGUUCAUCACUCAAUUUAAAUAAUUAUAGUAAUACUAAUAAUAAUAAUAAUGUAAUCAAUUUUAAUAAUAACAUAAUCAAUGGUUUUGGUGGUGUUGGUAAUAAUGGUAAUGCUACUGUAGGUGGAAUUAAUAACAAUUCUAAUAAUAUUAAUAACAAUAAUAAUAAUAAUAGUUCAAGUAAUAUUAAAGGUGUUAUUACAACUGCAAGUGGUAAAAGUUUAAUCAUUAACAAUUCAAAAUAUGAUAUUGAUCCACAUUUAUUCGAUAACUAUCAAGAAGAUCCAUUAAAGGAUUUAUCAACCUAUGUCAAUUCUCUAACCGAAUUCCUUUAUUCAGUUUCUCAAAAAGAAAAUAAAGAUAGAUUAAAUGAAUGGUCAAAUUAUUUCCGUCAUAUUCAAAUUAAUGUUGUUAAUAAAUUAUAUAAAACAAUUAAAAUUUGUUAUGGUAAUAAUUCAAAUAGUAAUAAUAAUAAUAAUAAUAAUAAUAAUAAUAAUAAUAAUAAUAAUAAUAAUAAUAAUAAUAAUAAUAAUAAUAAUAAUAAUAAUAAUAAUAACAAUGAUAACAAUGAUAUUAAUAAUUUAAAUGAUAUAAAUAAUAAUAUUAACAAUCCAACAACUAAUAAUAUGAAAAAAUCUGAAACAAUAUCAAUUAGAGAUAUGAAACAUAAUGUUAGAUUAAUUUUAUUUGAAACAAUGGAAAAACUUUAUAGUGCAAUUGAAGAAUUAUUUUGUCCAUUCCCAAAGGAAUUCUAUACACAAUUUACUACAUUAGGAUUCUUUUGUUUACAACGUUCAAUAUUUUUACAAUUUUUACAAAAAGGUAUUUUCAUCAUUACUGGUCCAUUUGUAAAGAUUUUGAAAAAGGAAUUCCCAAAUCAAGAACUGCUUUCAAUUGAUCAAAGAAAUUUCAUUAAUCAAAUAAUUCUACAAUUACGUGAUCAAGAUAGUGUUAUUGAAAUGUUGAAAUCAGAUUUAACAAAUACUAAUAUCAUUGCUGAACAUUUAAUUUCAUUAGCAACUCAAAGUAUUCAUCCAAAAUCAUCAUUGGAUCCAAAUACUGAUAAUCCUGAUCAUCCCGAUGCUCAAUUCAUUCCAUUGUAUUGUUUACAAGAUUUCUUAAAAGCUUUAUCUGAUACUGCUAAUCCUCCAAAAGUUGGUGGUGGUAUUCAUUCAAUAACUCAAUCUGGUUCAACCUCUUCAAAUCAAUUAUUAUCUUCACAACCAAUUCCAAUGAUUAAUAAUAAUAAUAAUAGUAAUGGUAAUAAUAAUGGUGGUAAUAGUAAAUUUUUAACACCACCAACUUCACCAAUUAGGGGUAAUGCUCAACAACAAGCAUAUAGUCCAAUUAAUACAAAUGUAUUAUCAAAUACUUAUCAACCAUUUUCAUGUAGUCCAAUGAAUUCAAACUUUUCUCAUAGUAUGAGUCAAAGUUUAAAUUUUGCAACUCUAAAUCAAACUGGUAAUGGUAAUAAUAAUAAUAAUAACAAUAGUGGUAGUGGUUUAAAUAAUUCAAAUCAUCCAAUUCAUAUUAAUAGACAUCAUAUUCAAAAAGCUUAUAUUUUCUUGGAUCAAAAUUUUGAUAGAAUUCAAUCCCAAAUCUUUGAAAAUAUAAAUAAUUGUAAUAAAAUGGAAGAUAGUAUUAAUUAA